AUGAUGAGAGUUCAAACCUUAAGAGAAAAAUGGGCUUAUUGGAGACGGAGGCAAUUGUCUUUAAAACAAGCCGAUUUCAAGGACAUAUUCAAAAAAUCAACUUCAGGAUCUCUCGUGGAAGAGGAAGACCAACACAUGAAACUGUCCCUUGGAAGCAGCGAAAUGGGUCUCUCAUCCCAUUUACAGUCUUCCAAGGCCGGAGCCACUCGCAUCUUUACCAGCAAUACCCAUAGUUCUGUGGUGUUACAGGGCUUUGACCAGCUUCGACUUGAGGGCUUGCUUUGUGAUGUGACCCUGAUGCCAGGUGACACUGAUGAUGCUUUCCCCGUGCAUAGAGUCAUGAUGGCCUCUGCUAGUGAUUACUUUAAGGCCAUGUUCACAGGUGGAAUGAAAGAACAAGAUUUAAUGUGCAUUAAGCUUCAUGGUGUGAGCAAAGUCGGUUUAAGGAAAAUUAUUGAUUUCAUUUAUACUGCAAAGCUUUCUCUUAACAUGGACAACCUUCAAGACACACUGGAAGCUGCCAGUUUUCUACAGAUUCUGCCUGUUUUGGACUUCUGCAAAGUAUUUCUCAUAUCCGGGGUCACUUUAGACAAUUGUGUUGAAGUUGGGCGCAUUGCCAACACCUACAAUCUGACAGAAGUGGAUAAAUAUGUUAACAGUUUUGUCUUGAAGAAUUUUCCUGCAUUGUUGAGCACUGGGGAGUUCCUGAAACUCCCUUUUGAGAGGCUUGCCUUUGUGCUUUCCAGUAAUAGCCUUAAGCACUGUACUGAACUUGAACUCUUUAAGGCUACCUGUCGCUGGCUACGCCUGGAAGAGCCUCGGAUGGACUUUGCUGCAAAAUUAAUGAAGAACAUACGAUUUCCACUGAUGACACCACAAGAGCUCAUUAAUUAUGUGCAAACUGUGGAUUUCAUGAGAACUGACAAUACUUGUGUGAAUCUCCUUUUGGAAGCCAGCAAUUACCAAAUGAUGCCAUAUAUGCAGCCAGUUAUGCAGUCAGACAGGACUGCCAUUCGAUCUGACACCACUCACUUGGUUACACUGGGAGGAGUGCUGAGGCAGCAGCUGGUAGUCAGCAAGGAAUUACGCAUGUAUGAUGAAAAGGCCCAUGAAUGGAAAUCGUUAGCCCCCAUGGAUGCCCCAAGGUACCAGCAUGGCAUUGCUGUCAUUGGAAAUUUCCUCUAUGUCGUUGGUGGACAGAGUAAUUAUGACACAAAAGGAAAAACUGCUGUCGAUACAGUCUUCAGAUUUGAUCCUCGAUACAAUAAAUGGAUGCAAGUUGCAUCUUUAAAUGAAAAACGCACCUUCUUCCACCUAAGUGCCCUGAAAGGAUAUCUGUAUGCAGUUGGUGGGCGAAAUGCAGCUGGUGAACUGCCUACAGUAGAAUGUUACAAUCCAAGAACAAAUGAAUGGACCUAUGUUGCCAAAAUGAGUGAGCCCCACUAUGGCCACGCUGGAACUGUGUAUGGAGGAGUAAUGUAUAUUUCAGGAGGAAUUACUCAUGACACUUUCCAAAAGGAACUCAUGUGCUUUGACCCUGAUACUGACAAAUGGAUCCAGAAGGCACCAAUGACCACUGUCAGAGGUCUGCAUUGCAUGUGUACAGUGGGAGAAAGGCUCUAUGUCAUUGGUGGCAAUCACUUCAGAGGAACAAGUGAUUAUGAUGAUGUCCUAAGCUGUGAAUACUACUCACCUAUCCUUGACCAGUGGACCCCAAUUGCUGCCAUGUUAAGAGGGCAGAGUGAUGUUGGGGUCGCUGUCUUUGAAAAUAAAAUCUACGUGGUUGGUGGGUAUUCCUGGAAUAAUCGUUGUAUGGUAGAGAUAGUGCAGAAAUAUGAUCCAGAUAAAGACGAGUGGCAUAAAGUUUUUGAUCUCCCAGAGUCCCUUGGUGGCAUCCGAGCGUGCACACUCACAGUGUUUCCACCUGAAGAAACCACACCAUCACCUUCUAGAGAGUCCCCUCUUUCUGCACCUUAAGAUCAUUCCUACAACUAAGAUGCUAUAGUCCUAUCGUUGCAAUGUGUCAUGGAUUCUCUUCUUUUGCUGCCCUCCCCUUAAAUAGUAUAUGUUAGGAUUAGCCUCCAGUAAUUGAUACAGAUAUUGGAAAAAAAGACUACAUUGAUAUUAUUCGUGCUGUUUGUCUGGCUUAGAGUGUUUAUAAAGUGGCAACAAAACCAUUCUGGAAAUGUGUCCCAUAGAAGCUGACAUUUAACAUACAAAAAAAGAAAAAACAACCAAGUUAUUGUCUUUAAAAAUGUUUCUUCAGUACUUUUUUGAUGCUGUAUACUGGGUAUGAGAUAUUUGUCAUCUUACAUUGGAAAGCCCAGUAAACUAAGUUGAAGCUGGAUUAUAGUAAAUGUAUAGCUGUGGUAAGUAGGCCUCAAAGUAAAAAGUUUUCCUUUUAUUUUGACUGUAAGGUGUCAAAGGGAGGCAGCCUGCUCCAGCAGAAGCCAACAGACAAAAUGUUGCCAACUCGCAUGAGCUACCUCCCUCUUUUCAU